AUGCCGCCAAUAUAUUCACCCCUUUUACCGCCUCCUGUUUCCCCUACUAAUGGGGAUCAACUCUCCUCCGUCUUUGGUGCCGUGCCUUACAUUUGGUGCCGAAACCCGGGAGGGGUACCCAGCCCCACAAAUUACCGCGGGGCCACCCCUCCCCCCCCAGGGAACGACCGGGGGCCUCUGCUCACCCACCCGAUCCGGCAGAAGCGGGGUUGGAUCGAGGCCUUCCCAACGGCCCAAGAAACGGCGGAUACAGUCGCCACCAUCCUUCUCCAACAUAUCAUCCCCCGAUUUGGCCUGCCGAUCUCCAUCCAGUCAGACAACAGACCCGCCUUCGUCUCUCAGGUGGUUCAACAGGUAUCCGAGGCUCUUCAGAUCACCUGGACACUCCACAUCCCCUACCACCCCCAGUCAUCCGGUAAGAUUGAGCGUGCCAACGGAAUCUUGAAAGACCACCUCACCAAGCUGUCCCUUGAGGUCCGUAUCUCGUGGCCCAACCUGCUCCCCCUUGCCCUCACCCGAAUCCGAGCCUCACUUCGGACCCCUUCUAGUCUCAGUCCAUUUGAACUGCUCUACGGCCACCCUUUUCUCCUCCAUAACUUACCAACCCAAAACCCACCCCUAGCUUCCUACCUCCCCUACCUGUCUCUGCUUCGCCACCUUCUCCGUGAGCACGCUGACCACAACCUGCCGACGGUCACGGCCUCUGAAACUUCCUCUCUCCCUACAACCCGGCGAUAGCGUCCUCCUCAAAGAAUUACACCCCCAAUCUCUCAAGCCACAGUGGACAGGCCCCAUACGGUGAUCCUCACCACUCCCACAGCAGCUAAACUCUUGGGACACCCCUCCUGGUACCAUGUCUCCCGCCUUAAAAUGGCCCCAACUCCAGAGACUUGGACGGCCUUACCGCUGGGUCCCACGAGACUACAGCUUGUCCGUCACCCUGUCUCUCCUCCUGCUGCUCCUCCUGCCACCCAGGACUCGCCAGAUGUCCCUAUGGCGCUUCCAUGUCCAUGGGACAUGGCAAGCUAAAGGUCGGACCCACGCCCGAGUCCUGGGCACGGGAGACUGCCAACCAGAUGGGUGCCAGGCCCUGGUGACGAUCCAGAUCCCCAUCUCUAACAUAGAAGGUGUUCCCCUGGGUUGGUCCACCCCCACUGUCUGCUUCGCUUAUGAUCAGACCCAAGACUACUGUCAAUGGUGGAAUGAGACCUAUGGGGGGUGCCCCUAUCACUCAUGUAACAUCCAUGUGGCAAAACUAGAUACCAGGAGCUCGCUCCGACAAUCCCACCUGCUCACCACAAAUGGCAAGGGUCAAUUAUUCAUCAACAUCAAAGAUCCCUGGGACACAAGAUGGAUAAAAGGGGUACAAGGAAAAAUCUACCGGUGGGCAACUGAUGCCUACCCCGUGGGCUCUAUCAUGGUCUUCCGCUCAUACGUCAGAGUGAUCCCUGAAAUCAUCCAGCACUUGAGCGAACAGGCCACCAUGGUCCAGGAGACCGAACAGGCCCUAGAACGCCAACUACCCCACCCUGACCACAAGAUGGCAGCCGUCCAAACUUAACUAAUGAUGCACUCCCUUGCAAUUCAUCCCUCCCUGUAACUACGCCAAUGGGGGCCGCACCAGGCUUGUUCUUCUGGUGUAAUGGCUCCCUUACAAAAGAGGUCAACUCUUCCUCCCCCUUCCCAUGUAUCCCCGUCACCCUUGUUCCACAACUCACAUUAUAUGGCCAAGCCGAAUUUCUCUCACUUACCACACAACUUUUUGGCCGACAAAAAAGGGCUAUCUUUCUCCCUAUGGUCGCAGGCAUUUCCCUCGCCACCUCUCUUGUCGCCUCCUCUCUUGUCGCUGCGGGCAUCAGGGGAGGAGCCCUAACACACAGUGUCUCAACAUCCCGCGACCUAGAACAGAAACUCCAGCUAGCCAUCGAGGCCUCUGCCGCCUCCAUCACCUCCCUCCAGCGCCAGAUCACCUCAGUAGCCCGAGUUGCCCUCCAAAAUCAACGCGCCCUGGACCUUCUGACAGCCGACAAACGAGGUACCUGCCUCUUCCUACAGGAAGAGUGCUGCUACUACAUCAACGAGACAGGGGUCGUUGAAGACAAUGUAGAUGCUCUCCGACGCUUAAAAGAAGAACUCCAACGCAGGCAGCGACAAUCCACCUCCCCCACCCCCGAUUGGUGGCGGUCCACCCUCUAUACCUGGCUGACACCAAUCCGAGCCCCUUAGUCCUUAUCUGCAUCCUAUUCAUGCUUGCCCCCUGUUUCCUCAGGUUUCUCCGCAGCCGUAUACAAGAAGUCUCUCAGGUGGCGGUGAAUCAGAUGCUACUCCACGCAUAUACCUUACUACCCACAGAACCCCCCGCGGCCGCUCUCCCCUAACCUCCGGACCGCUGGCCACCCGACUCCCUUCCGGCGCCCCCGUACAGCAGGAAGUAGCCAGAGACCAAACAUCGCCCCAUUACACCAAAGAAGUCGGGAUGUAAGGCCAGCAGGUCCAGGGAAGGGCCCAGGGAGCCAGACGGAACCCCCGCCAAAGUGGCUGAUGCAACCGACACCUGACAUUGCCACAACACCCGAGAGAUUACCAAAAAAGGGCUGCUUCACACAGCAAGCACCUCCCCUGCGUCCGCCCCUAUAAAUUUUGUUCAUGCCCGCACCCCGGCGCGACUUCUCUGGCCCCUUUCUCUCGGACCAGUGAACUUCGCCCGGGAGCGUUCCCAAAUAAAGCUUGUUUAAGCUCUCCUCCGUCUUUGGUGCCGUGCCUUACAAUUUGCUUAACUGGAAAGACCAUAACUCUGCUUACCGAGAGGACCCCCUCUGCAUGACUGAACUCCUUAUAUCUGUUUGCCACUCAACAUGCCACUCGGGCGGACAUUCACACUCAUGAAUAGGAUGCUUACUGGGGAUGAAAGGAGGAUGGUUGUUGACAAGGCUAGAGAGGAAGCACACCAGCUCCAUCUAGCGGAUCCAGGUGAAACCCCAGAAGCAAAUCUGGCAUUCCUAUUGCUGAGCCUAAUUGGGACCUAAAAAUGGACGCAUGCCACACGCAGAGCAUUAUAUCAAUAGAAAGUGUAGCGGGUCUUCAAAAGGGGGUACCUAGGCAAAAGAGCUUAAACAAAAUUCAGGAGAUAGAACAAAAACCCAGUGAGAAUCCAUCAGAGUUUAUAGAAUUUAUCAAGCUCAUAGAUGCUACAGGGAUGCAGAUCCUGAGGCCCCUGAGAAUAAAAGGAUGGCAAAUAUGACCUUCAUCGGGCAAAGCUCCCCAGAUGUAAGAAGAAAACUACAAAAGUUAGAUGGUGCAUUUGGAAUGGACCCUUCUCAGUUGGUAGGUGUUGCUUUUAACGUGUUCAACAACAGGGGAUGACGACAGAAGAAAGAAGAUGCAAAACAGAACCACUUUUCUGGCAGCAGCAUUGGAUUCCCAGAAGGUGAGUAACCCAAAGAGAGGUAAGCCACCACUGGGGAAAGAACGAUGGGCUUACUGUAAGGAGGAAGGGCACUGGAAAAAAGAUUGCCCUAGGCUGAAACAGGAACAAAAACGAUAAAAGGAAGCAGGGAGGCUCUCUUGCAUGGUAGAAAGAGAGGAAAGCUCAUGGUAAGCGAAGAGGCCCGGGGGCUCCCUUGGACUUGACGCAUCAAAUUCCAAUCUCCCCACAGGAGUCCCGGGCAACUUUGACAGUGCGGAACAAGUUGAUUGACUUUCUAAUAGACAUGGGUGCAACAUAUUCUGUGGUAAACACCAAGGUGGCACAGAAAACAUCUCAAUCCAUCCUGGUCAUGCGAGUCUCUGGAGAAGUACAAAAUCGUUCAUUCUUACAACCUCUAGAAUGUCAACUAGGGGACCUCACCCUGAAACACAUUUUCUUAUAUAUGCCAGAGUGUCCAAUCCCUCCUUUGGGACAGGACCUCCUUUGUAAAUUAAAAGCUCAAGUAAUAUUUUUGACAGAAUAGCUUGACAUCAGGGACCCACCAGAGCACGCUUUGAGCCUACAGAUGGGGCUCACGGAAACCCCAGAAAAGGAGACAGAGCUCUUUUCCCCCCUGAAGUCUACGAAAAGGUAAGGCCAGAAGUGUAGGCUGACAGCACCCCAGGGAAAGCCAAAAAUGCAUGGCCAAUAUGAAUCCCAUUAAAAAGGAAUGCUGGGACACCUAAUCUAAAACAAUAUCCUCUGAGUCAAGAGGCCCAAAAGGGAAUUCAGCCAAUUCUCGAAAAGUUUUUGAAAACAGGACUGAUUAAACCUUGCAAGUCCCUGAACAACACCCCUAUUCUCCCGGUCAAAGCCAAACUCAGCAGAGUAUUGCUUUGUCCAAGACUUGAGGCCUAUUAAUGAAAUAGUCCAAGAUUUGCACCCUGUGGUACCUAAUCCAUACACUGUGCUCACAACGAUUGCUGGAGAAUACGGCUGGUUCUCGGUUUGGGACUUGAAAGAUGCUUUUUUCUGCAUUCCUAUUGCAGAGGAAUCAUAGCAGCUAUUUGCUUUUACGUGGCAGGACCCAGAAACACAGGUAGUCCAACAGUAUUGUUGGAUUGUCCUGCCUCAAGGAUUUAAGAAUUCCCCUACUGUAAGCUGCUCUUUGCAGGAAACCGCCCUCAGCAGGAAGCCUCUUUCCUUGUCACUUUAGCAAGGCUAUAUUGUAACUAACUUUUAAACCAAGCAGCCCCAUGCCCUACUCAUAUCUGACCCAAGCACACCUUUCAGCUCUUUUAAUCAAACAAUACCUUACCUAACUUUUCGGUUCUUUCCAUAGAUCAAAGCAGUAAAAAUGAAGAAUAAGUAAUUAACAGAUGACCAGAUCUCUUCCCUAGCUUCCCUUUCAGUAAUCUCUGGAACAAACUGUGUGAGCAAACUCUGUGAACAAGAUAAUGUCUAGAGGAAGAUCAGAAGUCGACAAGCCUGCACACAGUGGGCGGUGGCGCUGACUCUGACCCCCAUCUCAAUGACUAACUGAGAUUCCUUCUCUGUUUCCCUUUCAAAACUUUGAUGCCUGAGCAGAAUCUUUGGAGGUGGUUUUGGGCUGAGGCCACCAUCUUCCCAGAUUGCUGGCGUUCUGAUUAAAGGCACCUUUUCUUUCUACCGA